GACGCCGCCGGACGCCGCGGUCUGUAGUUCGGGUUUACGCGCUUUUUUGCUUGGUGUUGCUGCUGUCGCAGCCGUCUGCGCCCCCGCUCCGGUCUGUGGUGCAGCCGGGACCCAGGACCAUGUCGCUGUCGCGCUCGGAGGAGAUGCACCGGCUCACGGAAAAUGUCUACAAGACCAUCAUGGAGCAGUUCAACCCCAGCCUGCGGAACUUCAUCGCCAUGGGGAAGAACUACGAGAAGGCGCUGGCAGGUGUGACGUACGCGGCCAAAGGCUAUUUCGAUGCCCUGGUGAAGAUGGGGGAGCUGGCCAGCGAGAGCCAGGGCUCCAAGGAACUCGGAGACGUGCUCUUCCAGAUGGCAGAAGUCCACAGGCAGAUCCAAAACCAGCUGGAAGAAAUGCUGAAGUCUUUUCACAACGAACUGCUCACGCAGCUGGAGCAGAAGGUGGAGCUGGACUCCAGGUACCUGAGCGCCGCACUGAAGAAAUACCAGACGGAGCAAAGGAGCAAAGGCGACGCCUUGGACAAGUGUCAGGCUGAGCUGAAGAAACUCCGCAAGAAGAGCCAGGGGAGCAAGAACCCGCAGAAGUACUCGGACAAGGAGCUGCAGUACAUCGAUGCCAUCAGCAACAAGCAGGGCGAGCUGGAGGGCUACGUGUCCGACGGCUACAAGACGGCCCUCACCGAGGAGCGCCGGCGGUUCUGCUUCCUCGUGGAGAAACAGUGUGCCGUGGCCAAGAACUCCGCCGCCUACCACGCCAAGGGCAAGGAGCUGCUGGCCCAGAAGCUGCCGCUGUGGCAACAGGCCUGUGCCGACCCCAACAAGAUCCCCGACCGCGCUGUCCAGCUGAUGCAGCAGGUGGCUAACAGCAACGGCGCCAUCCUCCCCAGCACCCUGUCAGCCUCCAAGUCCAACCUGGUCAUCUCAGACCCCAUUCCAGGGGCCAAGCCCCUGCCAGUGCCCCCCGAGCUGGCACCGUUCGUGGGGCGGAUGUCUGCCCAGGAGAACGCACCCGUCAUGAACGGUGUCGCAGGCCCGGAUGGCGAGGACUACAAUCCCUGGGCUGACCGCAAGGCUGCCCAGCCCAAGUCCCUGUCUCCUCCGCAGUCCCAGAGCAAGCUGAGCGACUCGUACUCCAACACGCUGCCCGUGCGCAAGAGCGUGACCCCCAAAAACAGCUACGCCGCCACUGAGAACAAGACUCUGCCCCGCUCCAGCUCCAUGGCCGCUGGCCUGGAGCGCAACGGGCGCAUGCGGGUGAAGGCCAUCUUCUCCCACGCGGCGGGGGACAACAGCACCCUGCUGAGCUUCAAGGAAGGGGACCUCAUCACACUGCUGGUGCCCGAGGCCCGUGACGGCUGGCACUACGGCGAGAGCGAGAAGACCAAGAUGCGGGGCUGGUUUCCCUUCUCCUACACGCGGGUGCUGGACAGCGACGGUGGUGACAGGUUGCACAUGAGCCUGCAGCAGGGCAAGAGCAGCAGCACCGGGAACCUCCUGGACAAGGACGACCUGGCCCUGCCACCCCCCGACUACGGCGCGUCCUCCCGGGCCUUCCCCGCCCAGACAGCCGGUACCUUCAAGCAGCGGCCCUACAGCGUGGCCGUGCCCGCCUUCUCCCAGGGUCUGGAUGACUAUGGCGCCAGGUCCGUGAGCAGCGGCAGUGGCACGCUGGUGUCCACAGUGUGAGGAUGCGACCGCAGGCGGCUGCUGCUCUGGAGAGCUCUGCCCCUGCCCCAUCUCCGCCCCUCAGCUCUCGCUGGUUUGUUCUUGGGUUGUUUCCUUUCCAGUCCGCCCCCGCCUUUUGGUUGGUGACCCCAGACUCUGGGCUCCCCCAGGGUCCAUGGUGCUGCUCCUCCGCCCCUGUGUUUACAGCCCCCUGUGUCCCCAGCCCCUCGCGCAGAAACUGCCGGGCAGCUUAGGGGCCUCUGCGACGCUCCCUCCCCUUUCCAAGGCUCACUGAGCCAGGCCUAAAGUUUGAAGAAAAAGAAAAUCUUAAAAAAAAAAAAAA